AUGAGAGAUCCAGCUGCACAGGCAUCUGGACAGCCUGUACAGCUGCAGCAGUUCUUUUUCCAACAAAUGAUUGAUUUGUUUAGACAGAUGACAAGAGUCAUCCCACAGGCUCAGCCUUUAUCGAAGUUCCACCUGGAAAAGCUUAGGAAAUAUAGAGCAGUGGAUUUUAAGGAAAAGAAAGAAGAUGAUCCAGCAGCUAUUGAGAAAUCUCUGGUAACUUUGAGAGCCGUGAAUGCUCACUGGACUCUAGCACCAGAUGGAGCUAUUGUAGCUGAGUUGGAAGUAAAGCCAAGUUCAUUACAGCAAAUUCAAAAAGCUCAGAAGUUGGAUGAAAGAUUGGUAACUAUUAUUAGACAAAUCCAAGAAGGGAAAGAUAAUGAGUAUGAGAUCAAAAGAGAUGGUCACUUGUAUUAUAAAGGGAAGAUUUAUGUUCUAAAUGAUGAAGAACUUAAGAGGAGCAUUCUUAAAGAGGCACAUAGAAGCUUUUAUACCAUGCAUCCAGGAAGCACCAAGAUGUGCAGAGACUUGAAGACUUAUUAUUGGUAG